CUUACCCCCCAAAAAAAUAAAGGUCAAAGAGAGUGGUUGAAGUUGCUUGAAUUUGAUUUUUAUUUAUGGGUUAAAUAUUAUAACCAGUUUUAAGAUUAUAGUAAAGUGAUCCGAAGGGUUCCACUGUAUAGUAUAAGAGGCAAGUAUGGGGAAAUGAUUUCAAGAUUUAAUUUUUACAGUAGGUUUUCAUCGACUUACAGUAACUUCCGUUGUAGAUUGUACCCGAAUCAACUGCUGUUAAAACACUCUAUUGUAUCAAAAUCUUAAUUUUUCUUAAACCACAUUUAUUCCCUUAUUAGAAUGCAUUCUUUAAUUCUGAAUGUCAGUGGUGGGAUCCAGUAUCCACUAAGCGGUAGUUUUCACUUUUCACUAGAGAGUCAAGCCACUAGGAAAUUGGCGGCAUAAGUAACGGAAAAGGAAAGGGCUAGCUGGGUCAAGCAAGAAUUCUCACGUGGAAUAAAAUAUUUAUAUUGGACCGUAAAGUUGGUCAGAGUUUUGGGUUCUGAGCUUGUAAAUAUUGGCUUCUUGGCUUUCCCACAUCCACAUAUCUUCUAAUCCAUUCCCAUAAUAUCUUGCAGCAAGAGUUUUGCAAUAGCAACUAUAUCUCCUAAGUAAAGUCACAAUGCCUGCUGUGAGGUACAUGAGUACUAGAAAAAGAGAGUUUAUGGAUGCAACUUUUUUGUCACAAUUGUUGCCACAACCUUAAUAUGUUCGACUAUGAGUGUAUCGAGAAAAAAUAGUGGAUUCAUGUGAAAGUGAUGCUUCACCAAUCACAGUUGCACAUGUCAUCAAGUUAUGACAAAUAAUGUGGUCCUAAAUGUGCAAUGCGUAUAUCAAUAUUAACUACUUGGUCAUAAUGUUUUAUUACCUGCCUCCUAGAAAGAGUUGGUUCUCACCUAGAAUCUUUGUUAGUCUAUAUAUUAUUUAUAUCAUUUUAAAAUGUCUUAGUUGCUUCUUAUUCCCUCCAUUGUCUCUUUACUAGUAGGAACAAACAUGGUUUCUAUACUUGUCAUUGACUGAGCAACAGAGUUCAAUGACAAAUAGUUCCACUAUUUCUCUUUACCUUCUUGGUGCACAACUCUUUAUAUCCUUCUGGAUCAGUCUGAAAAGUACAUCUUUUCCAAACCUUUUCAAGUUGCAUGAACGUUUGUUUUAGGUGAGCUUUCAGAUUUGUUUAUGUGAACAAUGGAAGGGUGCUGUGAUCUUGAGGUGGAUGUCAAUGGGGAAGAAGUUUUUAUGGUCCAUAAGAAAAUUCUCAUGUCCUUCUCAAGUCUAUUUAGCAAAUUAUUUGGUGAUUUGAAGGGCACAGUGAGGAACUUGAAAGUGAUAUUCAAUGAAUUUCCAGGUGGUGCAAAGGGUUUUGAGCUCAUGGCAAUGUUUUGCUACGACAAUGGCAGAACUAUGAUAACACCCUCGAACAUAUUUCUCCUAAACUGUGCUGCUCAUUUUUUGGAGAUGGAUGGUAAUGGUUCUAGUAGACAUAGUUUAAUAGACCAAACUGAGAAAUCUCUUAAAGGGAUCAACUUUUGGACUUGGUCUGAGCUCUUAGAAGCUCUGAAACAGUGCCAAGAUUUACUUCCUGGCACAAAAUCUUCAGUUAUGCUUCAGUGUAUCUUGGAUUGUCUAAUAGGACGGAUUGCUUUGCCUAGUAUUGCAAGCCCACAUACAUGUUCUUCAGACAGUUCUAGUUUCCAAUUUUCCUGUGAUACAAGCAUCGACAGCCUGAAAAGCAGCUCUUCUCAACUAACCUGGUGGUUUGAAGAUCUUUUGUUCUUGAAUGUUGAUUUGAUAGACAAUUUAAUCAAGACAAUGGUAUCCCUGAAAGUCAACCAUGCUACAAUCUAUAAGUUUCUCUUCUAUUAUCACAAAUCAAGAUGUAUUGGUGCAGCAACAGCUGAGAAGUGCAAAAUCACAGAGGUUGUAAUUAAUCUGAUUUCUUUGCUUGAUAGGAGUUCUCUUUCUUGCAAGGGCUUAUUUGAAAUUUAUCGAGUGGCUUUAGGCUUGAGAAUAAGUAAAUUUUACAGAAAUAAUUUAGAGAGCCUGAUGGGUUCACAGUUGGAUCAAGCAACAAUUGAUUAUCUGCUCGCCCCAUCUCCACAUAGACGAGCUUAUUACUAUGAUGUUAAUUUGGUUUUAAGGCUUGUACAAGCAUUUCUCCUUGAAGGCGGUAGUUUGUCAUUUACAAGUCGAUUAAAAAAGGUUACCAACUUGUUGGAUUCAUACCUUGUGGAAGUGGCUCCGGAUUCCCAUCUGAAACCUUCCAAGUUUACUGCAUUAGUAUUGCUGCUGCCAGAUUAUGCUAGAGCAUCUUAUGAUCGUGUUUAUCAAGCCAUGGAUUUGUUUCUAGAGGUUCAUGCUGGAUUAUGUGAAGAAGAAAAGAGGAGUGUCUGUUGUGCACUGAACCAUGAGAAGCUCUCAGAAGAAGCUUUGAAAGAUCUAUCUCGGAACUCAAAAUUUCCUUCACAAACUGUGCAAAAGGCUCUUACUACACAACAAUCCAUGAUCAAAUGUUCACUUUCAGACACCCACCAUCUCUUAACUUUUUGUGACUCUUUGUUUUGUAGCAACACUAAGGAAAAUUUAGGUAAGGAGGAUUCUGAGACCAAGAAGCUUAGAGCAGAUUUGCAAGGAAUGCAUUGGAAGAUGAUGGGGUUGGAGAAGGUUUGUGGUGCAAUGCAGACAGAGAUGGCAAACAUAAUGAGAUCAAGAUUAUCUAUCCUUGGCAAUGCUAGAUCCUUACCAAAGCUCUGUUCAUGACAAAACUUUGGAUACUUGCUAGUUGCUACCCAAUUUCAUGUAUAUAUUUUAUUUGCACUUUCUGUCAAAAUGAUUUGUUGAGUAAUAAUAAAGGGCUAAAUUCUUAUUUC